AUUGCAUUCGCAAAGAUGAACAAGCUCAGUAUUAACGACGUGGAUGUGAGGGACAAGAGAGUCCUGAUCAGAGUCGAUUUCAACGUCCCCUUGAAAAAUGGACAGAUCUCAAACAACCAGAGAAUCGCUGCAGCCCUGCCUACGAUCAAGCUUGCCUUGGAGAAGGGUGCCAAGUCAGUGGUGCUCAUGUCUCAUCUCGGUCGGCCAGACGGGCGCCCAGAUCCAGCGGCCAGUAUGAAGCCGGUGGUGGCAGAGCUGGAGAACCUGUUGGGAAAGAAAAUCACGUUUCUGGAAGACUGCGUGGGUUCCAAGGUGGAGGCCGCCUGUGCCAACCCGGAGCCCGGCAGCGUGAUCCUGCUGGAGAACCUCCGCUUCCACCUGGAGGAAGAGGGCAAGGGCAAGGACGCUCAGGGCAACAAGCUCCAUGGUGGGUGUGGAUCUGCCGGUCAAGGCCUGCGGUCUGCUCAUGAAGAAAGAGUUGGACUACUUUGCCAAAGCCCUGGAGAACCCCGCUCGUCCGUUCCUGGCUAUCCUGGGAGGAGCUAAAGUUGCUGACAAAAUCCAGCUGAUUGAGAACCUUAUGGACAAAGUCAAUGAGAUGAUCGUUGGUGGUGGAAUGGCUUUCACAUUCUUGAAAGUACUCAACAAUAUGGACAUCGGAGGCUCUCUGUUUGACGAGGAGGGGGCCAAGAUCGUUGGCCGUCUGGUGGACAAGGCGAAGGAGAAGGGAGUGAAGCUUCACCUGCCCUCCGACUUCAUCACCGGCGACAAGUUUGCCGACGACGCCAAGACCGCCACGGCGACUGUUGCGUCUGGCAUCCCAGAAGGCUGGAUGGGUCUGGAUGUUGGGUACAAAACCAACGAAGAGUUCCAGAAGGUGAUUGAAGGAGCAAAGACAAUUGUGUGGAACGGGCCCCCCGGAGUGUUUGAGUUUGAGAACUUCAGCACGGGCUCCAAGCAGAUGAUGGACUCUGUGGUCAGGGCCACCGAGGCAGGAGCCAUCACUAUCAUUGGUGGAGGUGACACUGCCACGUGUGCCAAGAAGUUCAACGCCACGGAGAAGGUGAGCCAUGUGAGCACAGGAGGCGGAGCCAGCCUGGAGCUGUUGGAAGGCAAAAUCCUUCCUGGCGUGGCUGCCCUGUCCCCAGCGCCGUGAUGGAGGAGGGAAAGGAACCGCCCAUUUUUGUCAUCGAUGCCGCCACGAAAACGCUGCUUCUGUAGUACUCUUGUUGUCUUAUUCUUUUGUUACUGAGCUCGUAGAUUAGUCCAAAUGUGAUUAUCACUUUUGUCUUAUUUAUUGUUGUUAUUCUUUUGAAAAUAAUCUCCCUUUUCUCUAGUUGCUAGUUGGCUGUGUCGAAUGAAUGACUGAGUGAAGAGAGUAUAUGUGUAUAUGUAUGUGUUGCAGGUUAUGAUAGCAAAAAAGAACGCAUGCCAUCAAGACUUAUUCAGUCUCUGCACUAUUUAUUAGGUGUUGGGGGACUGCUUUGUGCUUCUCGAUGUCACCAAUCGUGAGAACGGGACUAAUGGGAAUCAACCACUGAUAUUCCUUAGUCUCUGUGCGUUUUCUUUACCCUUUAUUGUUAGGGGAGCCAAAAAAAAGGGUUUGAGUGGGAAUGUGGAAAAUGGAAAAAGAAGUAUUUCUAAACGGGUUUGAGCAUGGAAAUGUUCACGUCAGUUGGUCCAUCAAAAUAUGAGAACCUAGAAGAAGUGAUGAUCAGAUUUGUGCAAAAUAUAUUUUUCUCUCUUGUGGGUUUUCAAAAAAUGCUGAUGUGUUUUUGAAUGUGUUGUGUAUGGGCUGUGUGGAUAGUUGAGUUUUGUUUCCUCGCAGACUCGCAAUGAUUGUAGUUGUAGUGAGCAGAGAACGAGGUCAGCUUUGACACGUUUGCCUUCGUGGGUAGUUAGCUUCCUGACGAGGUAGAUCGCUUGCCUUCUGAGCUCAAAGAUGCAGAGUUUGUAGGUCACACUGUUUGCGAAAGUGUGUGUCUUGUGUCAGAGAGUGGAUACUGUGUUGCAUCUAAGGUAGCUUCCUGAUCCUGACUAGGUUAGGUAGAUCCCUUAUCUUCAGUGCUCUAAAAUGCAGAGUUUGUAGGUCACACUGUGAAAGUGUGUGUCUUGUGUCAGAGAGUGUGGGGAGCUACUGUUGCAGCAUCUAAAGUAUGGGAAAGUAAACGCAGAACCAGUAGCGGUACUACUACUAUGGCUGUCGCGGACAGGAAGUUGCGACCUUAGUGCUUUCUCGUCGCAUCUCCAUUUUUUUAAACAGUGAAAACAGUUCAUAUCAAAGAGUAAGCGUAAGAAGCAGUCAGUCACAUUUUCAAUGUUAAAGAAAAAUGGAGAUACGACAAGAAAGAACUAAGGUUGUGAAGUGUGAGGGCCGCAGAGACUAUAGCUCUCGCCCCUCGUUUGGUGCGCAGGCAGUGCUUUAUUGUACUUUAUAGAUAGAAACCACAAGUCAUGUUGGUCCAUCAUUCCAUGUAUUAGUCUCUUUGGAUUGAAUAGAUUUUACUAGAUUUUUUAAAGAUUGAAUAUCGCCACAACAGGCAAAUCAGAAGGGGUUUUUUCCCCCUCACUUUUCUGACAUUGCUGUCUCUGCAGACAGCAUCAGCUCAAGUCUAGCAGAGUUUUCCUGUCUAUUUUUUGUGACACACCCCACCUGUCUAUUCGGGGCUCGCUCAUUGCCCUGUAGGAUUAAGACAAGAUGUGGGGGUGUAUAUAUACAUAUACGUACGACAUACUUACAUACGUGCUCUCUCUGAGAAUAAAUCUCAAUUGACUCCCCA